GGUCGGGUCAGAGGAUCCUAUAUAAAUCCCGAGAUUCGAGAAACGGCUUUUUACCGCCAUUUUCAAACAAAAAUUCAAAUAACGCAACAUUACUACUGCAGUAGCAGAUGAACCAGAGAGAAGCUUCAAUUCGAAAUUUUCAUGCUUGGGUUUCGAUUCCAUAGGAGCCGUACAUUUUUCACCAGAGAUUUUCGAAUUCGUGGAGGUUGAGUUUUCAAAUUGGCGAUUUUGUAUCUUCGAAGUACCGAUUUUGUUCUGAUUUAUUCAAAUUCUUGAUUGCAGAUUUGUUUCGUUUCAAGGUUUCGGAUCAAAAUUUUGCUGAUAAGCUAGUUAUUGAGCUCGUCUGAAGGAUCUGGAAAAUUUGUCAUAAACUGAGUGUUGUACACUAUAAGUGAAGUAGCUGACUGCUGGUUGAGAUGAGAUGCAAUGCUUGCUGGCGAGAACUGGAAGGACAGGCCAUCACUACCACCUGUGGCCACAUCUUCUGUCAGACCGAUGCCAGUAAGAUUCUCAGCAAUGAUGCUGCUUGUCCUAUUUGUGAUCAAGUUCUCUCUAAAAGUCUCAUGAAACCUGUGGAUGUCAAUCCAAGUGAUGAAUGGAUAAAUAUGGUCAUGGCUGGAAUUACACCACAGAUAUUAAUGAAGAGUGCCUACAGAAGUGUGAUGUUCCACAUUGGGCAAAAGGAAUUGGAAAUGCAGUUCAAGAUGAACAAGAUAAUAGCUCAAUGCCGUCAGAAAUGUGAGAUGAUGCAGGAAAAAUUCUCUCAAAAAUUGGAGCAAGUGCAUACUGCAUACCAGAAGGUGGCUAAAAAGUGCCAAAUGUUGGAACAAGAGAUUGAGACCUUAUCUAAAGACAAGCAGGAACUCCAAGAAAAAUUUGCUGAGAAAUCCAGGCAAAAAAGAAAACUUGAUGAAAUGUAUGAUCAGUUGCGAAAUGAAUACGAUUCAGUAAAGCGCACAGCCAUUCAGCCAAGUAAUUUCUUUUCAAGAGCAGAGCCUGAUUUGUUUGCAAAUCCUGCUAAUAUGAUGGACAACAGAGAUACUAUGAGAAAAGAUUGGUCGGUUCUCACUCCUGAAACUCCAGGACCAAGAGAAGACAUGUGGCCUCCAACAAGACAGAAUGGUUCCAACUCUGGCCCUUUCGAUAGUGGCUCCCCUGCAAGACAGUCAGCAGUACCAGUGGAUGCUGGAAACAGAAGAGCAGGUGCACAUCCUAUGCUUGGCGUUGCAACUGGAGCAAGCAAUCCCUCAAUGACCCUUAGGAAUCUCAUCCUAUCACCAAUUAAGAGACCUCAACUCUCCCGCAACAGACCGCAGAUGUUCACGUUUUAAGUUUGGAGAUCUUUCAAUUCCAAUAGUGUGGAGAAAAAUAUACUUGAGAUGCAACUAUGGACAAGGUUUCCUUGACAUUUUCAUUGAGAAAUUUUGCUGUGAAUUAAAGUGCCAGAUAUUGAAAUGCUUAGCUGACCUUUCUUUUGUGGUGGGAAAAGUAAAGAUGAUGUAGAGUAAUGUUUCAUAGUUUACAAACAAAUGGAUGAUGUGAUAUGCGUUACAGUUUAAUAUAGUUGUAACUUUUCUUGCACUA